UGCUGUGGGGCCAGUCGGGACGGAGGAGACAAGAUGGCGCUGCGGGCGAUGCGGGGGAUCGUGAACGGGGCCGCACCCGAGCUACCCGUGUCCACCAGUGGUCCGGUGGCAGGAUCUCGGGAGCAGGCGCUGGCAGUCAGUCGGAACUACCUCUCCCAGCCUCGCCUCACAUACAAGACAGUUUCAGGAGUCAAUGGUCCACUGGUGAUCUUAGAUCAAGUUAAGUUUCCCAGAUAUGCUGAGAUUGUCCACUUGACGUUACCAGAUGGCACGAAGAGAAGUGGGCAGGUUCUAGAAGUUAGUGGUUCCAAAGCAGUGGUUCAGGUAUUUGAAGGGACUUCAGGUAUAGAUGCCAAGAAAACGUCCUGUGAGUUUACUGGGGAUAUUCUCCGAACACCAGUGUCUGAGGAUAUGCUUGGCCGGGUGUUCAAUGGGUCAGGAAAACCCAUCGACAGAGGUCCUUCUGUGCUGGCUGAAGACUUCCUCGACAUCAUGGGUCAGCCCAUCAAUCCGCAGUGUCGAAUCUAUCCAGAGGAGAUGAUUCAGACUGGCAUUUCUGCCAUAGAUGGCAUGAACAGUAUUGCCCGGGGCCAGAAAAUUCCAAUCUUCUCUGCUGCUGGGUUGCCACACAAUGAGAUUGCAGCUCAAAUCUGUCGCCAGGCUGGUUUGGUAAAGAAAUCCAAAGAUGUGGUGGAUUACAGUGAGGAAAAUUUUGCCAUUGUAUUUGCUGCUAUGGGUGUAAACAUGGAAACUGCCCGGUUCUUCAAAUCUGACUUUGAAGAAAAUGGCUCAAUGGACAAUGUCUGCCUCUUUUUGAACUUGGCCAAUGACCCAACUAUUGAACGAAUUAUCACUCCUCGCCUGGCUCUGACCACAGCCGAGUUCCUAGCGUACCAGUGUGAGAAACACGUGUUGGUUAUCCUGACAGACAUGAGCUCUUAUGCUGAGGCCCUGCGAGAGGUUUCAGCAGCCAGGGAAGAGGUCCCUGGUCGACGAGGUUUCCCAGGCUACAUGUACACAGAUUUAGCCACGAUAUACGAGCGUGCUGGUCGAGUGGAAGGUCGAAAUGGCUCUAUUACUCAAAUCCCUAUUCUUACCAUGCCCAAUGAUGAUAUCACUCACCCCAUCCCUGACCUGACGGGGUAUAUUACAGAGGGGCAGAUCUAUGUGGACAGACAGCUGCACAACAGACAGAUUUACCCACCUAUUAAUGUACUGCCCUCACUCUCACGGUUAAUGAAGUCUGCUAUUGGAGAAGGUAUGACCAGAAAGGAUCACGCCGAUGUAUCUAACCAGCUGUACGCCUGCUACGCUAUCGGGAAGGAUGUGCAAGCCAUGAAGGCAGUGGUGGGAGAGGAAGCCCUUACCUCAGAUGACCUUCUGUACUUGGAAUUUCUGCAGAAGUUUGAGAGGAACUUUAUUACUCAGGGUCCUUAUGAGAACCGCACGGUUUAUGAGACUUUGGACAUUGGCUGGCAGCUGCUCCGAAUCUUCCCCAAAGAAAUGCUGAAGCGAAUCCCCCAGAGCACCCUGAGCGAAUUUUACCCUCGAGAUUCUGCAAAGCACUAGCUGCUGCUGCUGCCGCUUCUGUGGUGUGAACCUCCUGUGAAGUACUGGCUCCGUCUUCUUGAUUCCUUUCGCACUCCUCCAUCUCCACCUCUGUGUGGGAGUUUACCUGUUACCCUGUAAUUAAAAACAAAGAAUAGGUAACAUUGUGCCAGUGUUGCAAUGUCUUAAACUGCUCACAGACUUCAAAAUAUCCCUGUUCAGGAAACCUGAUCUUCAGUGCUUUGUUUAAAGUAGCUUCAGGGAUGGAGUGAAGUUUUCUUAUUGAUGUAUGUAUUUGUACAUAGUGGUGUAGUUGCCUAAUAAUGUUCUCAUUGUUUGGGUCUCUCAGACCUUACCCCUCGGCCCUCUCACAAGUAUCACGAUCUGAAGUUAAAUGCUUUGGUCUCAAAAUUAGGAGCAAGAUCAGGUCUGGAAGAAGUCUCCUUUCAGAAGUGUCAAGAGACUCUUUCCUGAGCGUUUUCUUUUGGGUUGUUGGUGUGCCUGUGGGUCUGUGCUCUGCUCUAAGCAGGUGGCUUUUACUGUCCACUUGCUCUUUCCUAUGUAAUGAGUAGAUUGACAAAAGGUGUUUCCUUUUCUCUCAGCACCUCUGAGUUGGGGUUCCCUUUGGGUAACACACAGAAUCAUGCACCUGCACAGCUGGCAUUCAUUGAUGGUGGUGAGAUGCCUUCUCUUGGGGAUCCCUGCUGGGUUUCUAUGCAGAGAAAAUCACAUAAUUAAAACCACUAGUAGAGUUGUUGCUUGGAAAGAGUUGGGGUACAAUAAAA